CUGUAAUUACGGGAGAGCAAAGGCUGACUAAAUGUUUCUUCAAAUAAAUCACUAACAAUGCACAGACAAUCUAAGAAUAUAAAUGCUCCCCUGGAAGUUAAAGAAAAUGAGAGUAGAUGCACUGAAGAGAAGGAAGAAGCCUCUUUCCUCGAUCAGUCAAAAGACCAGAAGAUUUGUACAGUGACCAAAUCAAAAGUCAUCAAGGCAUCCAAGGAGGAGAAUUUAAGUGAUGGGAACCAGGCGCGGUUGCAAAAACGCACCCUGAAAUACUUCAGAGGCCUCAAGAAGGAAUCCCGCCACAACCAGGAGGAUGUUGUUAGCUGUCAGUUUACUGAACGCUUUAUUGAUGUGCUAAAAGGGGAUGUGGUUGGUGAACCUGCCUUGCCUUUGAACGGUGGGGAAAGUUUUUCAAGAAGUAGACCUGUUGCUUUGGGGGAUGAAUGCUACUUGACACCUAAUAGGGCCAAAGCAGAAGAAGCAUCUGAUUGUGCAAUGUCAGAGAAACAGAGGAAAGAACCUGUUGAUUUUGCAUCUGCAACAAUUGCUGAAUUUGGGAUUACUCAAGAAAGUUUUACUAAACGAUCUAUAGGGAAGUCUCCAACUACAUUAAAAUUUAGGCGAAGAUCGACAAUUGGAGUGCGGGGGUCACCAGAAAAUAACACCCUCAUUCGAUACCUUGCCCAGCAGAAGAGUGACAGGCAAAAAGCUUUUACAGAGCAGGUUAGUCCCUUUAAGCGUGAGAACGUCAGGUCGCUGAAGGACAAGAUAGACGCCUUCCAAGCAUCUUUUAAAUCGGUACAAGAAGGUGAAGGGGAAUCCAGCUUCUCCGGCCUGUCCCGAGUGGAUGAUGCUUCCCAGGAAUCGGGCUCUUCUCAGAACAAAGUACCUUUUACAAAAGAGCGGAACCUGGAUCAGUGGAGUGAAAAGUUCAGGUCAGACGACAGUGGUGGUUAUUUGAAAGAAAAUUUAAGACAAAACGUAAUCAAGAGCAGUAAGUCUGAUACCAAGACCUGCACCAUCUUGUCUUCAUGUCAAGCUGUGACUGUCACUGAACCUGCUGCUGCUGUUUCAAAGGAAUGGGUUUAUGAGCAACACAAUCCUGUUGAGUCGUUGGAGGCUGUUCUAAUUAGAGAUAUCAUAGAAACAGGCCGUGAUUUCAGCUCUGAUCACAUCACUAAAGACAUUAGAAGGAGUGUUCUAUCAGGACAAAGCAGAAAGGGAGUUGGUUUUGUGGAAGAACUGAGCCUGGAUAUAUUUGAUGAAAACAAGCCACCUGUCACCCCUCCCAUCACUCCACUGCAAUCAGAAAAUAGUUCGUUAACAGAACGUACACAGAGUGGCUCCGGUCUGAGAUCUGUGUUGAAGAAAACACCAGUGAAGCAAUUCUCAGAUAGCCUGAAGGAACACUCAGAUGAUGCAGUUGACAGAGGAGGAGGUGAAUCUCUCACGGUCGCCAAUUGUGCAAAAACCUUUGAAGCAACAGAAACAGAUGGAACUGAAAGACCAAAGAAGAAAAGAGUUACUUUUGGAGAAGUUCUAAGCCCAGAAAUAUUUGAUGAAACUUUGCCUGCAAAUACCCCGCUGCGCAAAGGAGCGACUCCAGCCCCUUCUCCAGGAUUAUUGCACAGUAAUAGCUCUUUGUCAAGGUCAAGUCUCAUUGCAGAACCAUUAUCCCAGCCAGACUUUGAUUGCGAUGAUGAAUGUGUUGAGCCUCCUGAAGAGUUCGUGGAGGGUCCUGUUGCUGCAGAAGACCCAUUGCCUGCUGAAAAUGCAGAUGCAGAAACUGACAAAUCUGGUAUGAUAACAACUUCUACUAAAAAGGAGCAGUGUAGCACCAUUUCAGAAGAGACUGAUUUUAGCACCUCAAGAGCCACAAAUACUAAGAAUGCCAAAGAGAGUAAAAAUCCCAGGAAGAACAGGUUUCAAAGACAAAAGAAUGUAACCACAUCUGCUGCCAAAAAGACCCAAAAAACAAAGCAUACAAGCUAUGGGAAAAGAAGAAAGAAAAAAGUAAAAAAAUCUUUAUAUGGGGAAAGAGAGAUGGCUUCUAAGAAACCUCUUCUCAGCCCCAUCCCUGAAAUUCCAGAGACUUUCUCUUCUGCUUCAUCUUCAAACUCACCAGACACACAGGCACUUUUUUCAGAGGACAUAUUAUUUUUAGAUGAUGCCAGAUCCGGGAAGGCUCGCAGGGAUGUUGAGGAGAAGGCAGUGGCUGAAGGAGUGAGAGGGGCGACCGUCUGUGCAGCGUAUUCAAGCUCUGAGGACCUGGACCUCGUGGAGGCCAGUGGCUCUGGGAGCGAGGUGUUUCACGUGUCCAGUGGGGACCCACAGUCCAGUUCUGGCAUCGAUCAUGAGUUUUCAAACAGUGUGCCAGAUGCAAAGUGUGGUUUUGAUACAUCUGACUAUUUCCAACAAGGUAAAGAGACUGCGUGUGUAAAAGAGGCAAAAGAAAGUGGUUCUUUGAUAGAAAACAACAAAUUACAAGGAAAUCUCCUAAAUAAGGCAGAGCAGCUGAGUGGGCUAGAAUUUCUGGAACAACGGGACACUAGUGUACAUGAGAGUGCCCAAGGAACUCAGUGUCCCCAAAAAGAUUCUAUAAGUAGUCCACCAAGAAGAAGAAGUCGAAAAAGUAGUGCUGUCUGUUUUCCUCCUGUUGAAACAUUGGAAAUAACUGGAAACGAUCUUCCAGUUUCUUCUUUUAAUGUGGAAGAAGUCUUAUCUGUUCCUCAGCGAAAAACCAACUCCUUUGAGCCUUUUAGGAGAAGGAGCAGUAACAGUGGUGAAAGAAGAGUGAGGCGCAGCAUGAGAUUAAAUAAAGAUGCAGAAAUGGAAGGACUUGCAUGGAUUCAAGUACCCGAUGAGAUUCAGAACCCUCCUCUGAUAGCUUCUGCUUGCAAAAUCAGGAGAUCAAGCACAUCCAUCCUUACACAAUCUGAGAAUAUUCACCAUAGAAAACAAAAUCUCAUCCCGUUCUCAGCGCCGGGGAAGGAGAACCAUGACUCUGUUAAUCUUGCUGAUGGUCCUUGCAAAAGAUGGAGGAGGAGAAGCAUGUGUGUAUCCACACCUCAAGAAACAAGAACUUGGUCUCAAACCCGGAGGAGCAUAACAAAUUCUGUAUAUUGGAAGGACAGAAGUAAGAAAAAACACUUUGAAGAAGUAGAAAUACCUCUUGAAAAUAACUCUUUUAGUGAGGUUUCAGCUACCUCUGAUUUUCUAAAGUGAAGACAUCAUCAAUUUUGCCUAAGAACUCCUACGGCAACUUGAAAGAAACUUCACUACUUAAAUGCUGUUCAUCUUAUGCUACUUUAGAAACAUUACUGAAGUUAUCAAAACAGUUUCCUUGAUGUUUUAUUUUGGAUUUUCCUUUUGUGUGGCAAUGAACAUUUUCGAUUCGGAAACGGAAUGGUAAUCGUUCCUCGAGUUGAAUCUUGUGGCAGCAGUAUGUUGGUUUACCAGGAGAGGGCACUCUGACAUGAGGUUUUAUGGUUGUAACUGAAUUGGAAAAUAAUACCAUAGUGCACAAAAUCUUUGGAGAGAUACUAGCUAAGAUUAAAAUCUAAAGCUCCUUGACAUUAAAGUUAAUAAUAGGUGCUACUUCUAACAUUCUAAAAAAAAAAAGCUGAACUACACACUGGAAUUAAUCUGGAAAACUGAAAUGCUUCUGUGCUGUAUGGAAAUCACUUUAUAGUCUUAAACACAGUGGAGCCCUACAGUUGCAGCUGAGAUGUUAGGGUUUACCUAACAGCUUUUAGAUACUAAAUCUAGCAGUGAGUGAAACCAGUAGAGACUGUGGGUGUCAGAUACUGAAUACUAGACUUGAAUAGUCAGGUCAAGUAAAGAGUUGUCCUGGAGGAAGAGGCAACAAACUGUGUCUGAUAUUAGGGCUUGAUCUAAAAUACUGCCUAGAAUGUGCUCUUUGUGGUGUUGCUGUCCUGUGCAUCAGUCACAGCAGCACUAGAAGAGAAUUCUCCCUUGAGGUUUCUUGAGUGGAUAGGCUAAGUGCACUUUAGAUGUGAAGCGAAGUGUAAGUAAAGUCAGAAAUAAAAGAGCAAGGAUAGGGAGAAAAAAACAAAGCUUGGCUUUUCUUCCUGGCACAGCUUGCUUGAAAAGGGUUGUUAGGAAUUAUAUGUAGAUGCUUGACUGCAUGAGGUGAGGUUGGAACUUAUGGAGAAAUAAAGAGCUUGCAGUUAACAGCACUUGAUCUGGAGAGGACUUGAGACAAGUCUUCAGUUAUGCAGAAGGCUGUUGUAAUGAAGGGGUGGGUAAAAUCUCUGUACUGAAUGGGACAAGAAAUAAUGUGUUUAAGAGAAAAAAAAAAAAAGUCUCUGUUAAACAUUAAGAAAAAGUUCCAGCAGCAGAGAUAGUUGAGCACAGGGAUACAUUGCCUUGGGAAGUUGUGGAAUCUCCAUCACUGGAGGCUUUUAAGAACAGAUUAAACAAAUAUCUGUCAGGAAUGACAUAUGAUCCUUCCUAGGGGUAAGGAUAGGGCCUGGCUGGCCUCUUGAGGUCUCUUCUGGCUGUGUUUUCUGAUUGCUAGAGAUUAGGGUUGCAAGAGGUGAUCUGGGACUUAAGACCUGAGAUAGAAUCUGUCGUGGAAUCGGGAGCUGGAGAAUUGCUGACACUGGGGGCUGCUGAGCAUGGGAAGGAACUGGGGAAUUUGGGAGAGCGCUCCUCAUGCGAGGGUGGCAAAAUGUUCUUGGUACUUCAAACAUUCAGGUCUCGUGUGACUCGCUGUGUCUGCUCGGAAGAGAAUCUCUCUGGACUCCUGAAGUAGUGUAACCAACGUGGUGGCUGUGCCAUACGGAGUGAACAAUCAGGUUCCCUCUUCAGAUUUGCUUUUCUGAAAGUGAGUUAACGUUAACCUUUGAAUGACCAGCGGCUUCGCUAUCCCUGUUCAAUCAACACAAGAACAUUCUGAAGUCAUCUCUUGUCUUCGUUACCACGUUGGGGUGUAGGAGUUAAAAUAAAGGUGCAUUGUGUGCGGGUGCAGGCGGGUGUCAACGUAUUUUGAGUUUGCGCCUCUAUUUUUCAGCUAUUAAUCGCAGCACUGUCCGAAGUAGAUUUUAGUGGUGUUCUGUCACAUUAGGUUGGCUUAGUCACUCUUAAUACGACCUGCAGUUUUACUUCCAGCAAAGUCAUCAGACAAAAGAACGCGCGAAGUCGGUGGUGGAAAGCUUGAGUCGUGGUGUUUGAUCAGUGAAGCGUCGCUAGGCAGCGUGUCAGACCGGGGAGCGGCUGAUGCAGGCCCCCAGGGUGAAGGCUGGCCUUUGUAGCCUUCAAUUUAAGUCACUGUUU